UAUCAUCCAGAGAGGAGAUAAUUAUCAACUAUUACGUUUCUUAUUAAUUAGUUUAAGUUCAAAUAAUUUAAUUCUAUUCUGUAUUUUAAUUAUCUCAAGUUGUGAACGUGAAUGAUUGUAGAUAAUAUAUAUAUAUAUACAGUAACCUACAUGGUUCAGGGUCAAUAUUCUAUCACCUUGAUGGAAUAUUUCGUGUUAUCACAAAGUACGUUACAUCGUUAAUUAGCUGUUCACUAUUUUACGGGACAAGGAAAUGGAUUUUAAUCAACAAAUAUACACACAUACAUCAUUUAUUGGGCUCCCUGUCGAUCUAUUUACGCAUUUAUUUCGCCAACAUAUUAGUAUUUGUUAGCAUAAAAAUAGAAUUCGGUUUUUCUACACUAAAAUAUACGUGUAACUGGGAGAGGAUCUAAUUAACAACAAACGUUCUUGUGGUAAGUAAGAAAUAUAUCUACAUGUUUUCUACAAAUGUAAACAAGAGUUCUAUGAUAUGCAAGGCAAGAUAUUGAAUCGUAGAACAUUAUACUCACAGACGUUGCUCAGAUUUUAAUUAUUCAUCGAUCGUUAAUUAACAUGGAAGACGUUAAUGACUUAGAUACUUGUGACACAACCUUUUUUAACGACACAGAUUGUGUUACACAGACAGAGAGAGAUGAGAAACCUUUACGUGGCGGAGCAUUAAUUAAACAAACAUCACUAGACGGAAAUAUUUCUGAAUAUCGCUGUGAGGUUUGUGGGAAAAUAUUCUGCUCGGAAAAUGAAGUUUUCACCCAUAAAGAAAUACACAAUAGACAAAAACAGUUUCACUGUGAAGUAUGUGGGAAAUAUUUUGUCUUUAACAGUCAAUUAACGAGUCACAGAAGAAUCCACACUGGAGAAAAGCCUUUUCAUUGCGAAAUAUGUGGGAAAUCGUUCAUUAGUAAUUCCCACCUUACUGUCCAUAAACGAAGUCACACUGGCGAAAAACCGUAUAAAUGUCAAAUAUGUGGGAAAUCUUUCUCCGAUAAUUCUAAUCUCGCUGUUCACAAAAGAAUACAUACUGGAGAAAGACCAUUUCACUGUGAAAUAUGUGGGAAAUCAUUUGGCGAUAAUAGUUAUUUAAUGAACCACAAGAUUAUACACACUGGGGAAAAACCGUAUCAUUGUGAGAUAUGUGGCAAGUGUUUCGUCAAUAACAGUAAUUUAAACAGACACAAACGAAUACACAUUGGAGGAAAUGUAUUUCAUUGUAAAAUAUGUGGCAAAUCGUUCUCUGAUAAUUCUAACCUUGUUAUCCACGUACGUAGCCACACUGGCGAAAAACCUUAUCACUGUGAGAUAUGUGACAAAUCUUUUAUCACUCACAGUCUCUUAAAAACACACACAAGAAUACACACGGGAGAAAAGCCAUAUCACUGUGAGACGUGUGACAAGUCUUUUACUCAGAACUCUAAUCUCGUCAUCCACAAACGUUGUCACACCGGAGAAAAACCGUAUUAUUGUGAAAUUUGUGGAAAAUCCUUUGUUAGCAAGUCUCAUCUUAUAGUUCACAGGUGUAGCCACACAGGAGAAAAACCUUUUCACUGUGAAAUUUGUGCGAAAUCGUUUAUCACUAAUGGCCACUUAAAAAAGCACAAGCAAAUACACAAUCGAGGGAAGCCUAACUGUAAAAAAGAACCCCUUCGGUCAUGACUGACCAUGGGAUUGCACCUAGAAAGUUCCCCUCCCAGGCACAAGUCCGAGCAAGGUUGUUUAUGGAAGACCAGCAGUCACCCAUGCAUACCAGCCUCCCUUCUCCAUGUACAUAGAGUAAUGGAUUAAGACCCCUUUCAGUCAUGACUGACCAUGGGAUUGCACCUACAAAGUUCCCUUCUGAGGUACAAGUCCAGGCAAUGUUGUUUAUGGAAGACCAGCAGUCGCCCAUGCAUACCAGACUCUUCUCUCCAUGCCACUGAUGUUAUCCAAGGUUAUGGGCAGAGGUUGAUACAGCUUGGCACCAGUGACGUCGCAACUCAUUUCUACAGCUGAGUGAACUGGAGCAACGUGAAAUAAAGUGUCUUGCUCAAGAACACAACACACAGCCCAGACCGAGAAUUGAACUCACUACCUCAUGAUUGUGAAUCUGACGCACUGAGCCAUGCACCUUCACCUAUCUGUAAAACACCAGAAAUUGUCUUACAGAUCUAAACCUAUUGAUCUACCAAUAACUGUACAUUGGAGAAUGUUUUCCCCAUGUUGAAAUAUGCCUGAAAUAAUUCUCUUGUCUACAAAUGUACUCGUUGCAAUCAUCAGAUGGCCUCUCCUCAAUACAUAUGACUAUCAUCAAAUGUCCUUGUGCACCACAGUCUUGAUACUGCACUCUGACACCUUAAGCUUUUUUUUUUUUAUGGUUGUGGCCUUCAUUAAAAGAAACCCUUCCACAACUGAAAUCCUUAUUUGUGAACACAAACAAAAGACAAAAAAAACUGUAUUUAAUAGUAUACAAGGGGAUGCUGUAAAAGAAAAUACAGAAAGGAUCAGUUAACUAUGAUUUUAUUCAACAUAUUCCCCUCUCAAAUUCACACACUUAUUGCAGUGGUCCUUUAGUUUUUCUGAGCCUUGUAAAAGAAAUCGGAAGGUUGAGCCUCCAGUCAGGCCUUUCAUGAUAAUCUCUUAAAGCCAGGAACUUUUCAGCACCCUCUCAUAUAAGAUGCACUUUUAUAAAAAAAAAAAAAAGGUGUAAAAGUAUCACCCUGGGACCUAUAUGUGAAGUUGGACUUCCCAUAAGUUUUAAUGCACUAAAAACAUUUUCCCGGAAUGUGUAGCUGACAUUGGUAUGCAUCUAAAAUGCCUGCGUGUCUUUUAUGCCAUCAAAUGCUGUGUAUCAAUGUGAACUGUGGGAGGUUCUGUGUGAACUUAAGGCUAUGGUUAUCAGCCACACCUGAUCGUUGUUGUUGUUGUUGUUGGCACUCCGUCACUUACGACGUCGAGGGUUCCAGUUGAUCCGAUCAAUGGAACAGCCUGCUCGUGAAAUUAACGUGCACGUGGCUGAGCACUCCACAGACACGUGUACCCUUAACGUAGUUCUCGGGGAUAUUCAGCGUGACACAGUGUGACAAGGCUGACCCUUUGAAUUACAGGCACAACAGAAACAGGAAGUAAGAGUGAGAGAAAGUUGUGGUGAAAGAGUACAGCAGGGCUUGCCACCAUCCCCUGCCGGAGCCUCGUGGAGCUUAAAGUGUUUUCGCUCAAUAAACACUCACAACACCCGGUCUGGGAAUCGAAAUUGCGAUGCGAUCCUAUGACCGCGAGUCUGCUGCCCUAACCACUGGGCCAUUGCACCUCCUCACACCUGAUCAGAACUGGAGUAAAAAAUUAUUACUGAAAAAUCAUUCUUUUGAGUUCUAGUCUUCUAAUUCACAAAUACAUCCUAGAUAAAAAAAAAAAAAAGAAUAAAUAGAGAAUUUUAAAAAACCCUUCUUAUUUGUCUGUUAUUUGUCAUUAAAGUUUAUUACAAAAACAUUAUCUUUCUAAUGAUUGAAAAACUGUUAAAAACCUGAUUGUUGUGAAGUUUAUGGAUAAAAUUAUUCUCAUUCAUAAGAUGUGUUAUUUAACUGUUUAGCAUUCAGGUUAUUCUAUCAAAUGUAAUGCUUAUUUAUUCAUUGUUUUGAAUUAAUCAUGCAUUGUCUCGUAGCUUUGAGCUUUCAAUGAUGUGGCUGUAUAUUUUUAGAAUGACAUUGUGGAGUUGGUGUGAGAAGCCAGAUUUGAUUGGUUUGAACAUAACUUUGAUAGCUUUUGGCCAGUAUAGGCCCGGGCCAUGCCUAACUUAAUAGCACCACAUACAGCAGGUAAAAUAUCUGGGCCAGAUGCUAAAGGGUUAACAUAUGCAAAUACAGAGUGUAAAAGAUGUUUGGGGGUGUAUUUUGUAAUUUAAUAAAACAAUUCUAAUCUAGCAAAAGCCAAAUGU